GUAACAUUUCCUCAUAUUUUGUUAAAAGAGUGAAAGAUUAACCUUAUGAUGGGAACCUUUGUGUUUUUGGACAUUCUAGGAUUCUUUUUACUAGCGUUUACAAAUAUACCAUUAACUCAAACACAAUGCUUAUACACAGAUAACUGUGUGUCUGUGAUCGACAAAGGGAGGUACUACAGGGGGUCAGUGCCCAGUACAGUAAACGGAGACACGUGUAUCGACUGGGACAAGCACGAUUAUGACGUCACUCCUCAACAGUACCCGGAUGAAGGAUUGGAUAGGAAUUAUUGCAGGAAUCCGUUAGGCAGCGGUGAAAAACCGUGGUGUUACACAAGACAGAAUCAUACUGCCCCGGGCAACGAUUACUGGGGGUACUGUAAGAUACCGGCGUGUGAUCCCUGCUACUUUCGAGGCAUUCAGUUCAAACAAGAAGACGCCUUCCAUGACGGUUGCUCGCAAUGUAUCUGUCUGGCGGAUGGCUUCCAUUGCUACCGCUGUCGCGAGGACCCAGCUCCAACAAAUGGAACAGACCUUGCCUGUUACACCAAGGAGAACCUAGAGGCCAAAUACCCCGCCUGCUGUAAGAGAACUAUUUGCCAUGGCAGAGAUGCAGACUUUAACUUCGACGAAUUUACCAAAUUUCUCAAAGAGAAACUUCAUAUCUGAUUCUAAGCUAUCGGUAUUCUGGAAAUAAAUCCUCCAUUAUGUAAACAAUUUACACAACAUAAUUUCUAAACACGUUCGUUUUACCAAAUUGGUUGGGUUUUUUUUUCAUCAAAUCAGAUAAUGUUGUGUGUUAUUUACUGAAAAAAACCCUAAGUCUAUGCGUCUAAUGAAUAGUGUUGUACUAUUGCUUCAUGUAUUUCUAAUUGUUUAAGAAUUGUAUUUUCUUACUCGAGGUACAUACCGAGUAUACUUAGAAAUGCCCAAAUAUAUUCAAUUUUCACGAUUGAUAUGGCUAAAAUCAAUUUAAGUCUAGAAUGUUUUUGGUUGUUAAAAAUUGCAAAC